AGUGCGCGCGCAUUCCUGGUGUGCGCGCGCGUUAGUGUGUGUGUGUGUGUGUGUGUUGGGCUCCAGAGCGAGCAUCGCUGACAAAUCCAACGGAUCGCUUUAAACGCAGAUUAAUUAGCCCGGUUCGGAUCACUCCGGCGCCACACCAGCAUGUCGUCCGCCUCAGAAGUCCAGAACCAAGAACCGAACCAGGAGCCGCCUAAAGAGACAAACGCGGAGCAGAAAAAGGAGGAGAAAGAGGCGCAGGGGGAGGAGAAGGAUGCGGUGAAGGAGGAGGUGAAGGAGGAGGUGAAGGUGGAGAAAACGGAGGAGAAAAAGAAGGAGGAGAAGAAAGAAUCCUGGAAGGAUUUAAUCUACAACCCGCGGACCGGAGAGUUCCUGGGCCGAACCGCCAGCAGCUGGGGUCUCAUCUUCCUCUUCUACCUCAUCUUUUAUGGCUUCCUGGCGGGAAUGUUUACCCUCACCAUGUGGGUGAUGUUACAGACACUGGAUGAUGACGUUCCACGGCACCAGGACCGACUGGCCAAUCCAGGCUUGGUUCUUCGUCCUCAAGCUAUUGAGAUUUCCUACAACCACUCUGAACCAACACAAUACAACCCGUAUGUCCAGCAGCUGCGUGACCUUCUGCAGCAAUACAAUGACAGCAUCCAGGAGGGGAACGAGUUGUGUCUGGUGGGUGAAUACACGGAUCAGGAUGAACAGCCCAAAAAGAAGGUUUGUCAGUUUAAACGCAGCACUCUGCGUCAGUGCUCCGGCCUGCCGGACACCAGCUUCGGGUACGCUGAAGGGCAACCCUGCGUCAUCAUCAAGAUGAACCGGGUCAUCGGACUGAAACCACAAGGAGAUCCAUACAUUAACUGUACCGCCAAGAGAAACUCUCCGCUGCAGAUGCUUUACUUCCCGCCUGAAGGUCGUCUGGAUAAAAUGUUCUUCCCGUACUACGGCAAGAUUGCUCACCCUGAUUAUGUCCAGCCGCUGGUGGCCGUCAAGUUGUUGCUAACUAAAGAGGACUACAACGUGGAGCAGACGGUGGAAUGUAAAGUGGAGGGAUCCAACCUGCGCAACAGCGAUGACCGGGACAAGUAUCUGGGUCGAGUCACCUUCCGGGUCAAAGUGUUUCAGUAAACGGACAUCCCAACUUUACACUAAAACAAAGUUUAAAUUCAGGAAACUUUUAGCUCAGACCUGAUCUGCUCCUUGUAGUCUGAAUCUGGUUCAUCGGGAUCUAAUAAUCAAAUCUGGACCACUGAGUUUUAACGACACUGCCAGAACCUUUGCAGCCUCCUCAUGGUUCAGCCCAGUUUGACAGAUAGUUCACCUUCUUCUUGAAGGAGAAGAGCAGGGCAUCCUGUUCAGACACUGGGAAUGGAUCAGGUCUGAUGUGGAAGCAUGUGAGCCCAGAGCACAUUGUUGUGUUGUUUUUAGACUUUUCUAUGUUAGUGAGACAAUAAAAAGUAUAAUCGGAUUCCUAUCAUGAGUCACAGGGCAGCGCAGCAGAGUCAGCCUGGCAUAAAAAAUACUCCACAUGGUCCAAAAUAAAACAAACACCAUUCCCAGUUACCCAAACAGGACUCACCUGUAACGGUUUCUGUUAUUCUGACAGUUUGUUCUGUCAGCUGUAUACCUGUGCAGAUUGCUGGCUGAAGAUGGGAAAAGUCACUCCAAAGCUUUUCCUUCAUCAACGAGCUCUCCAGGCAUUCCUGAAGGGAAAACAGGGCAGUUGGGCCACAGAUGGAAAACAAAUACUCUACUUCUAGUCUCAUCCCGGCUCAUCUGGACUAAUACGGACAGUAUGUGAUAGUUUGUAAGCAGCUUAAAAGAAGUUAGUGACCAAUGGGAAAGUGACUUUCACUGCGCUGCUCUCCCCCAUCCGUGGAAAAUUUAGCAAAUGAAAUAUUUGAACCUAAUACAGUUAUUACUUUAGCAUAUUUAUUAUUUAUUUUGUGUCAGAUUUGUGAGAUCAUAUUCAUCAAGUGUAAUUUUCUUUCUGUUGAUCAGCCUGUACAGUUUUUAAGACGUGAACUUAGUGUGAUUGUAAUGAGUUUUGUGUGACCAUUGAACACCAUAAAAAAUAUUAGCAGAGCUACAAUUAGUGAAAAGCUGUUCUGACAUCACUGCUGUUUAAAUGUGCUGUGAGAUCUUUUGUUUUCUUCACAAUAACAGAGAAAUCGCUAUGAAAGGCAGAAAUGACCUGAUGAUGUUCCUGUAUCUGCUGGAGGAGCAGAAGAAACUGGACCAACUCUGCUCUAAAUAAUAAAAGCUACAUCUUCUAAAA